AUGCCCCGGCGGAAGCAGAGCCACCCGCAGCCGGUGAAGGGUGAGUGCGCGGCGGCGCCGGGGGGCGGCGGCGGCGGCCCGUUCGUGACCCGCGGCGCUCGGUGUGUUGCAGCGGACGCCCGGGACGGCGCCGAGGAGACGGCGGGAGCGGGAGCGGCGCUGGUGCUGCCCGGGGAGCUGCUGCGGGGCCGCGGCCUGGCCUUCCAGAAGGCACCGCCAGCAGACGGCCUGGCGGGGAAGGUGGCCAUCCCGGCGUACGCGCUGAGCGACGACGACUGCUCCUCCGGGUACCAGCGCCUGAGCGUGGAGAGCGACCCCGAGGAGGGGGGCGAGCCGGGCCCCGCCGCGCUGCCGUGCCGCCGGUGCGGGCUGCCGCCGGCCGCCAGCCUCGGGCAGAGCUGCCUGCAGUGUGCCGGCGGCGAGGGCGGCCGCGGCCAGCGCAUCGUCUACUCCUGCCAGCUCUGCCCCUUCGCCUCCCACUACUCCAGCCACCUCAAGCGCCACAUGAAGACGCACAACGGGGAGAAGCCGUUCGCCUGCCCGCAGUGCGCCUACGCCUCGGCACAGCUGGUGAACCUGACGCGGCACCUGCGCACGCACACCGGCGAGAAGCCGUACCGCUGCACGGGCUGCAGCUUCGCCUGCAGCAGCCUGGGCAACCUCAAACGCCACGAGCGCGUCCACAGCCAGGACAAGCCCUUCCAGUGCGCCGCCUGCGACUACCGCUGCAACCAGAGCCGCAACCUGAAGCGGCACAUGCUCAGCCACCGCCUGCCCGAGGGCGAGGGCCCGCACCGCGACAAGGACCCAGAGCCGCUGCUGCCGGAGCUGAGCCUGCACGUGGGCAGCGGCCCCGGCCCCUUCCUGCCCGGCUGCGCCCGGCUGCGCGGCGAGGCGGCGGCCGCGCUGCCCGAGCUGCUCUUCCCCUUCACGUGCCGCAUGUGCGGGCUGGUGCUGGACGACGGGUUCGUGCAGGACGAGGGCCUGGCCGAGCAGGUGUGUGGGCGCUGCAGCCUGGCCGUGCUGGGCAGCGAGCCGGGCGCCAGCCCCCGCAAGGGCGGCGGGGACAAGGGCUUCGCCUGCAGCCUCUGCCCCUUCGUCACCCACUACCCCAACCACUUGGCGCGGCACAUGAAGACGCACAGCGGGGAGAAGCCGUUCGUCUGCCCGCUCUGCCCCUACGCCUCCGCGCACCUCGACAACCUGAAGCGGCACCAGCGGGUGCACACGGGCGAGAAGCCCUACAAGUGCCAGCUCUGCGACUACGCCUGCGGCAACCUGGCCAACCUCAAGCGCCACGGACGCAUCCACUCGGGCGACAAGCCCUUCCAGUGCAGCCUCUGCAGCUACAGCUGCAACCAGAGCAUGAACCUGAAGCGGCACAUGCUGCGGCACACGGGCGAGAAGCCCUUCCAGUGCCGGUAUUGCUCCUACACCACCGGCCACUGGGACAACUACAAGCGCCACCAGAAGAUCCACGGCCACGCAGCCGAGAGCUGGGUGAGCCCACGCGACGUCAAACCGCUCCUGGCGCCUCCGGCCGUGGGCACAGCCCUGCCCUGAGCAGCACUUACCGGUGGGGGCCCAUCCUGCCCUCCCCGGGGGAGGGAGGGGCGCGGGGCUGCCGUGCGCGGGGGGGCUCCCGCAGCCCCAUCCUGCCCCGCAGGGCCAACCCACAGCCAGGGCCUGCGGUGCCCGGUGCGGUCCCUGCCCCGGCGGGGGGGCUGUGUCCCCACACCCCGGGGACGGUCCCUGACUGCCCGAGCCUUCCUCUGCCGGGCGGCAGGGGACAGGACUGGUUCCACGGCUGCUGCCAUGCCAGUCGGUGUAAUUUAUAUUGUGUAUAAAAGCAUUAAACAGUCCGUUUUGUUA